AUGGAAGAAACCACAGCGAAAGUCUUUGCUCGGUUGCAUCACAUGAAAAGCAUUUUAUGUAAAACGAUUAAACGAACACCAAAGUUUUGCGGAGGGAUCAUCGAUCAAAAUGGUACAUAUUGUUCUCCAACUAGUUAUUUAUCAAUGCCAGACAACGAUGCUGAACAACUCUCCGAACUAACAAUUACUCCAUUGACCGAUAUUACAUCCGAUGACACGAUCUCAUCGAUUAGUGGAGAUUCAUCAGAUUCUGGUGUGUCAACAUUGAGUGACUUUUCACACUGUUCAUUAUUAUCCUCGACAUCGUUACCCAAUCGAUCAAUGACGAAAUCGCAAUCGUGUCAUUUAAGGUGUGAUCCAUCGUUCAUUAAUUACGUUUCACAUAAUCUUUUAUCGUCGGAUGGUUCCGAGUUUUUUCUCAAUGAAAUCGAAGAAUCACCAUCAGCACAAAUACCUUUAGCGGAAAGCAGCCGACGGGUUGUUUGCGAGAAUGAUCAAACUAUUGUGGCUGAAGAUGAAGAUGAGCAAGUGGGCCCGUUGACGUCGACGCUUGUUGAUGGAUGGUAUAUGAUUACCCGAAGUUAUUCGGCAACAUUUCGUCAAGAUUUAAGUGUGCGAAAGAAUGAAUUAGUACAAGUUCUUCGUUGUACACAUCCGCAUUGGGUUUGGGUACGAAAUGAAGAAAGUAACGAAGGUUUUGUGCCUACAGAUUGUCUUGCCGCUUCGUCUUUGAUGCCACAUUGA